GCACCGCUCUGCAGCCAUUACUCUUCCGCAUGUGUUAAUCGCACUGCAGCUCAAAAACAAACAUCAGUUGUAAUAUUUCAUUUUAUUUGAGACUCCAGAAGAAGGCUUUACAUUUCUUGCGUGUUUGAAGACUUUAAAUCGCCAUCAUGCCGCGGAUUAUGAUCAAAGGAGGCGUGUGGCGGAACACGGAGGAUGAGAUUCUCAAAGCAGCUGUGAUGAAAUAUGGCAAAAAUCAGUGGUCUCGAAUCGCCUCUCUGCUGCACCGCAAAUCUGCCAAACAAUGUAAAGCCAGAUGGUACGAGUGGCUGGACCCCAGCAUUAAGAAAACAGAAUGGUCUCGUGAAGAAGAGGAGAAGCUUCUUCAUCUGGCCAAGCUGAUGCCAACACAAUGGAGAACAAUCGCCCCCAUCAUCGGACGAACUGCCGCUCAGUGCCUGGAGCAUUAUGAAUAUCUGCUUGAUAAAGCCGCCCAGAGAGAGAACGAAGAUGACGCGGGUGAUGACCCUCGCAAGCUUAAACCAGGGGAGAUCGACCCAAACCCUGAGACCAAACCAGCCAGACCUGACCCUGUGGACAUGGAUGAAGAUGAGUUAGAGAUGCUGUCUGAAGCCAGGGCUCGACUGGCCAACACGCAAGGCAAGAAGGCAAAGCGAAAAGCCAGAGAAAAACAGCUGGAAGAAGCUCGCCGUCUGGCAGCGCUUCAGAAGCGCAGGGAGCUGCGAGCUGCGGGCAUCGACAUCCAGAAGAAGCGCAAGAAGAAAAGAGGUGUGGACUACAAUGCUGAGAUUCCCUUUCAGAAGAAACCAGCACAGGGCUUCUACGAUACAUCCAUGGAGCAGUAUGAUCCUCUGGAACCCGACUUCAAACGACUACGCCAGCAGCAUCUGGACGGAGAACUCAGAAAUGAGAAGGAGGAUCGUGAGCGUAAGAAGGACCGACAGAAGAUCAAGAAGAAGAAGGAAUCAGAUCUGCCCUCAGCGAUUCUACAGACCAGCGGAGUGUCUGAGUUUACAAAGAAGAGAAGCAAACUGGUGCUGCCGGCACCACAGAUCUCUGACGCUGAACUGGAGGAGGUGGUGAAACUGGGUCAGGCCAGUGAAGUCGCCCGUCAGACCGCCGAGGAGUCUGGAAUCACAAACUCCGCCUCCAGCGCUCUUCUGUCGGAGUACAAUGUGACCAAUAACUCCAUGGCCCUGCGCACACCCAAAACACCCGCUGCACAGGACAAGAUCCUGCAGGAAGCUCAGAACCUGAUGGCACUUACCAACGUGGACACCCCUCUGAAAGGAGGACUCAACACCCCCCUACACGAGAGCGACUUCUCAGGUGUCACACCACAGAGACAGGUGGUGCAGACCCCAAACACUGUGCUCUCUACACCCUUCAGAACUCCCAGUCAUGGAGCAGAUGGUAUGACCCCUCACAGUGGAAUGACCCCCAAACCCUCAGUGGGCGUGACCCCUGGCAGGACUCCGCUGCGGGACAAACUCAACAUCAACGCAGAGGAGGGUGGCGUGGACUACAGUGACCCAUCAUAUGCUAAACACUUGCAAAGAGAGUCCCGUGAGCAGCUCAGACUGGGGCUGAUAUCUUUGCCGUUGCCCAAGAAUGAUUUUGAGAUCGUUCUUCCUGAAAACGCUGAGAAAGAACUGGAGGAAGCUGAAGUGGAUGAGAGUUUUGUGGAAGACGCAGCCGAGAUAGAACUAGAAAAACAGGCUAUCAGAGAUGCAGAGAGAGAAAAAGAGCUGCGUCAGAGACACACAGCGGUUCAGAGAGAUUUACCAAGACCUUCAGAGGUGAAUGAGACGAUCCUGCGGCCUCAUAAUGUGGAGCCUCCUUUAACAGAACUGCAGCAGGCCGAGGAGAUGAUCAAAAAAGAGAUGAUCACCAUGAUCCAUUACGACUGUUUGCAUCACCCCAGCGCUGACGCUCAGGCCAAGAAGGGUAAAGGAGUGGGAUCCAGCUCCAACAACGCUGAGCACAUCGCAUACCUGGAGAAAACAGCCUAUGACAAGGUUUCAGAGGAGGAGCUUAAAAAGGCUGGAGAGCUUUUGGGGCAGGAGAUGGAGGUCGUGAAACAUGGAAUGGGACAUGGAGAUCUUUCUAUGGAGGCCUAUAACCAGGUGUGGGAGGAGUGUUACAGUCAGGUCCUGUUCCUGCCCGGUCAGAGCCGCUACACUCGUGCCAAUCUUGCCAGCAAGAAGGACAGGAUCGAAUCCCUGGAGAAGAAACUGGAGAUCAACCGAGGUCACAUGACCACAGAGGCCAAGCGUGCAGCGAAGAUGGAAAAGAAGAUGAAGAUUCUGCUGGGCGGGUACCAGUCUCGUGCCAUGGGUCUGCUCAAACAGCUGGGUGAACUCUGGGAUCAGGUGGAACAGGCUAACGUGGAGCUCCACACCUUCCAGGAGCUCAAGAAACAGGAAGAUCACGCCAUUCCACGCAGACAGGAGGCACUCCGAGAGGACGUUCAGAGACAACAGGAGAGAGAGAAGGAGCUCCAGCAGAGAUUUGCAGACCUGCUUCUGGAGAAACAAACACUUUCACAGAAGUUUUAAAUGAAACAUUCAUCCAAAACAUCUUUUGCAUUUCCUGUAGUCAGUACAAUAAUCGUCUACGUGCUACUCCUAGAAAAAUAGCUAAUUUAGCUUUACUGUCCAACUGCAGUAUGUACUUCCGCAUGCAUGUUGUGCAACUUUACUGUGUCAAUAUAUUUGCGUUUCAGCUCUAAUGAACUGCUUGGAGCUUUGCAAAGCUUCUUCGUGUUGUUGAGUUUCACGUACUGUUCUUUCAAACCACAGGGAUGUCUUAUUGUUUAAGAAAAAUGCUUUUCAUAUUACUUUGUGCAGAUAAAAACCUCUUCAGUGUAAAUAUAGUCUGUUUUGCAGUAUGGGUUGCAUGUCAAGCCAUUUUUAGGUUGGCACAUAAGAUAAGGUCUUGUGCAUUGUCAGGUAUAAUCGGAAUAAAUGUAAUUGACACAAGAAAUCUUCAGUGUUAUGUGAAUGUGUGGCAGUGCUAUCAUCAACAUGGGGCCCUGUCAUUUAAGGAACCGUUCGCCCAGAAAUUAUAGUUAUGAAAAAUCUAUCCAAUGGGAUCAAUUAGCUGCUUUUCUUUGCUAAGAGGGUGUUUGAGAGUGAUUAUUUCUACAGGAUAUUUUGGAUCGUAAGUGCUAUUAUUCAACAAGAUUGACAGACGCUGGAGAAGAACCGCAACAUUUGAGAGUUAUGUGAUUAAAAACAGGUCUCCUGGAAAUGGCACAACACCAUCAAAUGUUUCGAAGUAUUGUCUGAAUGCCAUUGUUUUUAAUCUUGGAUGAAAACUCUUUUAAAUAAACGUGGAGCCAAGUCGAGGGCAGAGAGUAUUGUUUUACUGGUUCAGUGCAACAUAUGCAUUUUCUUUUUCAACAAUCUCUUCAAACCACAUUAACUUCAUAACUGGAUCAAAUGUGCUGGUAUUUAUGUUCUCUAUAUUGUUAUUUUUCUCUCCUCUUGUGCUAAUAUGCAUGCAUUCUUAACAUUGAUGCAAAGGGCUCUAUAGACCUUAUAUUGACCAGAAUGAAAUUGAGGGUUUGAGGGAUAGACUUGUCAUGCACUAUAUAAAGCUGAAUAAAACUCCUAGA